UCCCCCUCCCAUUUUUUCCUCACUUACCAACUUUCUUUCUUCUCCCUAUUCUUCAUAUUUCUUUGUCAACGUACUUGGUAUUAUGUAAGCAUCCUCAUUUAUCUCUAAUCGAUCACUUUGCAUCAUAAAUAAACUUAAUUUCAUGUAUUUUAAUUUCUUCACUUUCAUCAUAAAGCAAGUAUAAUCUUCUAUGUAUUAUCAAUCACCCUUUUCCAUUUUGCUCUUCUUAUACCUCUUGUUCUUCAAGGGAGCUUUUGGUGCAACAAUCACAUUAUUAAACAAGUGUGAUUAUACAGUUUGGCCCGGUGUACUACCAAAUGCCGGUAGCCCUGAUUUAGGAUCCACCGGAUUCGAGCUCUCCUCGGGCGAGUCAAGAUCCUUUCUACCCGCCGCGGGAUGGUCGGGUCGUAUGUGGGCCCGAACCCGUUGUGGUCAAGACCCAAUCUCGGGCCAAUUUGUGUGCUUGACUGGUGAUUGUGGGUCGGGUCAAGUUGAGUGCACAGGGUCGGGGGCAACCCCGCCCGCAACCCUUGCCGAGUUCACUAUCGGACAGGGACCCACGAAUAACGAUUUUUACGAUGUAAGCCUUGUGGACGGGUUUAACAUUCCAAUGGUCAUCGAGAGCGUAGGUGGAUCCGGGUUGUGUCUUCCCACAGGUUGUGCAUCCGACUUGAACCAACAAUGCCCGAAUGAGCUGCGGGUCGGUGAAGGGGAUGCAUGUAACAGUGCGUGUGGAGCGUUCGGGACACCGGAGUAUUGUUGUAGUGGCACAUAUGCAUCACCAAAUACAUGUAGGCCUUCUGAAUACUCGAAGAUAUUUAAGUUAUUGUGCCCACGUGCAUAUACUUAUGCAUUUGAUGAUCCAACGAGUACAUAUACUUGUGUAGGAGCGGAUUAUACUAUUACGUUUUGCCCCACUUUAACAAGCCAGCAAAAAUCGUCUCAAUCGUCAAUAACUGAAUCAGAAACCGGAUCUGGAGAGAAAUCUAAAUGUCAAAAAAAAAUCAGCAUAGGAGGUGGUCAAUCUUUACCGUGUAAUGCAGGCAAAAUAAUAAACCACUUUGAUUUUGCUUGCCAAUGCAUAAUUAUUUUCCUUGUUACUUCAAUACUAUCUUCCCAAAUUUUUUGUCUAUAAACCUUUUUCUUUCCAUGCA